CCUGUCCCAUUCACAUUUAAAGCUGUACAACGGACUCAUUCACAGACUCAAAAAACAGCCUCACGAACCUCAGGAGCAAGUAUGGACCAAGUCAAGUUUAACGUGGAGGCGAUGCAUAUCAAGGACCAUGGCAGCAGGCAGUUGUCCCAGGAAACGGUCCAGAAGCUCAUCAGCCAGUCUCAGGAGGUGAAGGAGCAAGCCUACUGUCCUUACAGCAAAUUCAGGGUGGGGGCUGCUCUCCUGACCCGCGAAAACCGAGUGUUUACAGGCUGCAACGUGGAGAAUGCAUGCUACAACCUCGGAUUGUGUGCCGAAAGGAACGCCAUCUCGAAGGCAGUGUCAGAAGGCUACAGGCAUUUCAAGGCUAUUGCAAUUGCCAGUGACGUCGACGACCAGUUCAUCUCCCCCUGUGGUGGCUGCAGGCAGUUUAUGAGAGAGUUUGGACCAAACUGGGACGUGUACCUGUCAAAGCCGGACGGCUCGUACAGGAAGAUGACCGUGGACGAACUGCUGCCGGGCCCCUUCAGCCUGUAGCGGAUAAAAACCUGAUCUGUAAUACCAUCAUCCUAUUUAGAAGUGUUCAGCAGUUCUGUGUGUGUGGAAGGAAAGCACCUGCAGGGCCUGCAGUGGAUAAACCAUAGAGGAAUCAUCCCUUAAGAGGAACACGAGAGUCACAGUUACUGUAUAUGGAGAUUAUGACUGCUAAAUAUGAAAUAAACAAAAGAUGACUAUUGCCGGAUGACACCCGAGCCCCAAGGAGGGAGGGGGCUGAAACAGGGGUGCCUGGCUUUAUUUUUAAAACUUUAUUUGGUAGAUAUUCCACUGGUAUAACCUAAAAAUGGAAGUUAAUCGUGGUUAAGGGUAUUGAUCAGGCCAAAAAGAAGGAGGAUCCAAGGGCGUGGAAACCCCCGGAUCAGAAUAGUAUAUAAAGGGGAGUGCCAGACAGAGAAAUCAGUUCAUCCCGGGAGAGCUCACUGCAUGUAUUUUGCUGUGUGAAAUAAAUACCUUUGACUGGAAGAUCUGCUGUUUCAUCCUUAAUUUGAGACUACACCUGUGAGUUUUUGCUUAGUAAAAAGUUUAUUAGUUGCUAAUAUAGACAAGUAGUUUUGGCACUACAGGCCCUGAAGACUUGUCGAUGAAGAAAGUGUGUGACAUUCCUAAUGAGUACUGAGCCUGUACUGUAGCACAAGACCACACACGUUUGGUUCUUUGAACCGCUAUGACGUGCACUGUGAAUAAUGCUGCUGAAAAGGUGCAUACAUGAUAAGCAGUAGUUCUAUUUAUGGUAAAUAUCUGUUCUUGUAUCAUGUACUGAUUGUAAAACCUGUCACAUAUUUAAACUGAAUCCAUAUAUGGUGUAAUUGGCUAGAUGCCAGAUUUCUGAUAUUAACAUACUGAAUGCUGUACUGUUUUAGAUAAAAAUGCUCAUCUGUUUAAAGAAGAAUGAAUGGAAAUAACAAGGAUAAAAGCAGGUGAAACUUAUCUGCACAUUUCAAUAAAUACACUGUCUUAAAAGAAGUUUCUUUUAAUAAGUUACACUUCAUUUCUCACAGUUGGAUAUGGACACAAAUGAAGCUCAUGGACAGACAAGAAAAAAUAAGGUUACAAGUUACAGUGUACUGCAAUUGUUAUUUGGUGAGCAGCAAAUUAUUACAUUAGUAAAAGAAGGAGAUGGAGAGGGUGAAACAUUUAAGUUGCCAGUGCAAAUUCACUAAACAUGUAUUAGUGAUUUUAGAUCUACUGAGUCCAUGCAUUAUUGUUUACAGUGGUUUAAGGGCACAGGCUUUACAAGGGUACAGUAUAAUAUGAUUCAUCAUUUCUCCCUGAUUCAGACAUGUGACAAGAACCUAAAAAGGUAAGCUAAAUCAGACAAGUAAAGGCAGGUUUUGGGUAAAACUCACCCCGAAAUGAUAUCCAACAUUAUCAGAAUUCAAACUUGGCUUGUAGAGUAUUCAAUGCUCACUUACCAGCAGCAAGACAUGGCAACAUGGUCUGAGCAGAAAAACACCCAGAAGAAUCCUUUCUGAUCAUCAACCAUUUCUUGAAACAUACUGAAACUGCAGAUGAUCUUAUGUGAAGGAGUUGAUUAUUGCUGCUUACAAAGCUGUAAAUUAGUCUAUGGCUUAAUGCCUGGAUUUUAAAUGGUUGCGUCAAAUCUCUAGAAGCAAACUGAGGUCAAUGAUAAAGUUCAGCUCUGAAAGUAAAAAAAAA